CUUGAAAAAACAGCUUUAAAUGAAAUCGAUCAACUUAUUGGAAGUUUGGAUGAACCAAUUAAUAACCUGAUUUUUAUCUUAGAAGAAGAAUUAAAUGAACCAAAUCCACUUAAGGAAAAACUUAAUGAUAUUUUGGAAAAACUUCCUACUCAUGCCAAGUCAAGAGAAAACCAGAUCAAAACUCUUGAAGCUUACUAUUAUUUGGGAACUCUUAUCCAAGAAAAUAAAGCUAACCAGGAACAGAUUAAAGAAUGA